AUGGCGAUUUCAAAAAUUUUCCUCUUACUGUCCUUUCUGUCAUUUACAUGUAAAGGCAGCAACGUGCUGGUGGUCUUUCCAGUGACUAGCAGAAGCCACAGCAACUUAGGCGAUUCCAUCGUGAAUAUUCUUCUUGACGCGGGACACCAGGUAAACUACGUGACACCCUUUCCGUUGAAGACGAAUCACACAAGAUUGAUAUGUACAGAUAUAAGUUCUGUGCUUAAAGAAUCACCUGAUACCGCGCGCCCCAACUUAGAACACCUAUCUCAACCAAAAGGAAGCCACUUUGUGCUGCCUAUGGGAAAACUGUUCGCAAGUCAGGCGCUACGUCAUCCUGCAGUUCAAACGCUAUUGAACGACACCAGUAAAACCUUUGACGUUAUCAUCGCUGACUGGUUAUACUCUGGGUUACACGCACCGUUGGCGGCAGUGUACGGAUGUCCUCUGAUCUGGUACUCCUCCAGUGAUAUAAACUGGCAGUCACUGCGCAUGGUGCAUGAAGCCAGCAGCCCAGCAUACAGUGUCGACGCACAAACGCGGAGGGUACCUACUUUACCGUUCACAAUCGGUGAGAAGGCUCACCAACUGAUGCUGCAAGUUUAUCUUAGCGCUUGGAUAUACUAUUUUACAAACUAUGUUGAUGAACCCGCAUACCGAGAGAUAUACGCAGGUCCGCUACAGCUGCGUGGGAAAACUCUACCGGAGUACGAGUCGCUCGUAUAUAAUGCCUCCUUGCUCCUUAUUAAUUCCCACCCACCUCUAGGUCAGAAUAUUCCAUUACCUCGCAACGCUAAGUAUGUCGGAGGUCACCAUAUAAGUUUGACUCGGAAACCACUACCAAAGGAUCUGAAAAAGUUACUUGACGAAUCCAAGAAAGGGGUAAUCUAUUUCGGCCUGGGAUCCAUUAUACAGGGUAAAGAUUUGCCUGAAAACGUGAAACGUGAGCUAAUCGAGUUUUUUGGACAAUUGGAGCAAACUGUGCUGUGGAAAAUUGAAGAACAGCUAGCUGAUCUACCACAGAACGUACAUAUAUUAGAUUGGGCACCACAAGACAGUAUUUUAGAGCAUCCGAACACGGUCCUCUUCAUCACGCACGGAGGUCUUUUGUCUGUAACGGAAGCAACGCAUCAUGGCGUGCCCAUUAUUGGGAUUCCAAUUUUUGGAGAUCAGUUCGUCAACGUGGACCUUGCGACUCGUAGUGGCUGUGGGAUCAGGGUUGACUUCAACAAUGAACUGCCUUCAAAAAUUCGAAAAGCGGUAAACGAGAUACUGAGUAACCAAAGCUACAGUAUCAACGCGAAGCACGCUUCCUCACUGUUCCGACGGCGUCCGGCUUCACCGCAGAAGGAGCUGCUGCACUGGAUCGAGCUAGUAGCUGACACGCGCGGCGCUGCCUUCCUCCGAUCUCCCGCCGUCGACAUUUCAACAUGGAAAAAGCUUAAUUUGGAUAUCCUACUAGUGAUAGUACUGCUAGUUUGGUUCCUGUUGAAAGUUAUGAAAGUAAUCAAAGCCCAUCUCGGCGAUCAAAACACGGGGGAAAAUUUGGUGAAGAAAAAUGAAUAA